UAGCUUUAGCGCUUUAUACGAAAAUGCAGCAGUCCCACACACACCUCUCCUGGAUGUUAUAAAGUAAUGGGCUGAGAUCCACCCCUAUCCAAAAUGACGAAAGACAGAAAGUGCAUCCUCUGUGAGACAGUCCACAUCUCCAAGCAGGAGAUGGAUGAGCACAUGAGAAGCAUGCUGCACCACCGUGAGCUGGAGAAGCUCAAAGGCCGGGACUGCGGACAUGAGUGCAGAGUGUGCAAGGUAACGGUGGUGAGCCUGACUGAUUAUGCCAGCCACAUUUCCAGUCCCACGCACAAGCAGAAUGUGGAGGCUGCAGAACAAAAGCAUGCUGGGAACAACCGUGAGGAGGGCUACUUCGACCAGGCACUGGUGGACCUGAUCGAAAAGAGAAAAGAACAGAUCAGAAAAGAGAAGGAGGCUGCUGCUGCAAAGCAAGCAAAAGAAGAGGAGGAUCGCAGGAGAGAGGAGGAGUUUCAGCAGAGGUUAAAGCAAGCGAAGGAGCGUUACCGGCUGGACUGUGGCUGGCAGCAGCCAUCACAGGGGUUCGGUGGAUCCAGUCAGCGUGGCUCUUGGUACAGGAGCAACCGAUUUAAUGUCCGAUCAGGGCAGCCACAACCCUGGCACAACAAUAAACAGGGGAAGAGCGCCACCUGGCACGCUCAGGAGCCUCCCAACUUUCAGAAAUGGGCAUCUGAAGAGUUUGGUGGUGGGCGCUUCCAUAACCAAGAAGGGUGGAACAAGAAGCAGUGGGGUCAGGGUGGAUUGUCUGGCAAUCAACAACAUCGACUGCCUUGGGUCAGCAAUGGGGGCAGUAGUAACGGUGUCUAUGGCCAAAACAAUAUUUCCCAGUACCCACAAAGGGGCCGGCCGCUCAGCUUCUUGGGGCCUCCUCCUAUGUAUCCACCUCCCCCCAGUUUUUUCGCUCAGGCUCUUAACCAGUUUCAAAAUGCAUCCACUGACCAGGGAGGUCGUCCGGGUGAUGGGCUUCAGAAUGAGGGGGGGCAAACAGCAGAAUCUGACCACAACAGUAAUAAAAGCUCUAAGGCCUUUGGUAGCAAUCAAAAGCUGGACAAAGCCUGUCGCUGGUCACCCUAUCCAGUCACAAAGGGUUUUGAAUCUGUGCCCCAUAAGGACGCCAACGCAAACUCAUCAGAGAAGCACCCCAAAGUUCCCAAUCCCCAGAAGCAAGACAGAGCUCCAGAAAGCAGUGCCUUUAACAGCCUGUCCCGACCUGAAAAAAGACCAGGGCAGUUGACCUCUAAUGGACAAAGUGUGGAAGAGAAAGGGAAGCAUAAGCCAAAUCCCCAAACCAAGCCCAGAGACAGGAGUAGCGACAGGAGUAGCAGCAGCAGUAGAAGCAGCAGUGCUCAGAGAGAAGGCCAACAGAACCCCACAUCCGGUCCUUCCAGUCAGAAGGCAAAUAAUAAACCAUUGCUGCAUACAGAUAGGAAGAUGCCAUCACUUCCUGUUCUCAGCACUGGAGCUCAAAUCAGCAAGGCCUCCAGUCAAGCACAUGCACAAUCAAAGCCAACUGCGAAGCAGAGUGGAUUCAGUUCUAAGGUUUCUCCUGCUGGGCCCCUGAAAUCAAGGCAAGAACGGCAGCUCCCAGAGCCUUGGAAAGUAAGACAGAGUGUGUUAGAAAAGAGAGGCUCUUUGGAUAGCUCCAGUAACAGCAGGGUGGAAACGGCACGGCACAUUGUGGAGGGGCAGCAGCAGGAUCGUGCUCAGAGUCAGAUAGGAGUGAACAAAGAAAACAGCUGUAGGCAGAAUGCAGAUAAAUCAAAUUUACCUGACUCAGUCAGGCCAGAAAAGCCCACAUUGCAGUCUUCAGACAGCAGCCAGUUUCUCCAGUCACUACAAGUUAGCACCUCUACCAUGGAGAGCCCAGAACCUGCAGCGUCAGGCAGGGAAGAUGAUGAGCACAGGAAGAAAGUGGCCUGCUCGGUGGCCCCAGAUGAAGCCAUGCAGGCUGUUGAGGCAGGGCAGAGCUCAGAGAGUGACACCUCCAGAAGCAGUGAAGCGCAGACAGCCUCAGGCUCAAACACAAGUCUGUCCAAACUCGACCUGCCGCCUGUCUUAAAACGUGACCUCACCAAACACAUCAGCUGCAAGAGCAAAACAGGAGGCCACGAGCCCAACCUGAACAUUGCCCGACGGGUGAGAAACCUGAGUGAGUCACGGAGAAGCGACACAGAAAAGGACUCAGGACUCAAACCGACUGUCCGGCAGCUCAUCAGCUCCUCCGGGUCUCGACGUAACGUGAACUGGGAGCAGGUGUAUCAGGAGGUCAGGAAGAAGCAAGACAAAGGGAAAGGCAUGCCAAGGUUUGGGAUUGAGAUGGUGCCAAACGAGCUGGAGGACCAGAGCCAGGAGGAGGAUGACAUUCCCCUGCUGGAGGGUUCGCACUGGGAGUCGUUGAUGGACUUCUCUGCUCCAGGCACCUCCAGAAAACGCUCCUUAUCAGAGAGCAGCCUCGCUCCCGCAUCCACUCCCUCCCUGUUUACAUCCCUCGUGUCUAAGGAAACGGCGCAAAGAGAAAACCUCGCCUCAGAGAAACAGGGAACGUCUGUUCCUCCCACAUUCGCUCAAGGGAACAAAGACGACCACGGUCAACAAGUGGAGCAGAUGCUUGGUCAGUUUGAGGCUAAAGCUCAGAAGCAGCCUGACAAACUAACAUCAGCGACGGUGGAGGUCCUCCAGCGAUCUGAUUCAGUGCUUGGGGACAGCAGUUCAGGGACGGAGCAGAUUGAUGGUCAGGGAACAGGGAAGAGGCGAAGAGCAGCAGGGGACGUUCCAAGUGCAGAGACGUCCUCCAUGGAACACAAUAACAAAAGACGGAAGGUCAAAUCCAAAAAAGAACGUUCCCAGAUCGACCAGCUGCUGGCUGUGUCUCUGCGGGAGGAAGAGCUGAGUCGGUCCCUGCAGACUGUGGACACCAGCCUGAUCCAGGCCCGGGCUGCACUGGAGGCUGCCUACAUGGAGGUGCAGCGUCUCAUGGUGGUUAAACAGCAGGUGACUAUAGAGAUGAGCACACUGAGAAACAAACGCAUAGAGUUACUAAAAGGGAUGCAAGGUAGCAUGGAGGAAGCACCUCGGGUCAAACCCAAAGAAGAAAAGAUGGAUUCCAUAGAUAUCGACCCACAGAGCCCCUCCACUGUUACACUUUCCUCUGCUAAGGACAUUGCUGCUGCCCCCAGCCCUGCUCAGCGUGCCUCCCCUCCGUCCCCCAGCCUUCCCUUCGUGCCUGUAGUUAUCAAGCAGGAGCCCCAGUCUCCUGUUCAUGUCAGCUCAGAUCUGGACCCUGUGGACAAUAUAACCCACUGUGCUCACAGCACCACUCCGGAGCUGCCUGUCGCUCCAGCUUCUCCACCAGAUCCCGCCCAUAACUUCCAGCCAUCUCCUGAGAGAAAGCUUGAGCUGCACCAAACUAAUGCAGAACUUAUUUGGGAGAACUUUAGAGAUCCUGCAGACUGCAAAGAGAGCUUGUCAGGACUGGUUGAGACAAUGGAAAAGGCCAUUCAGGCAACAAGGAACUGUCUCAACCCUAUGUCUGACUCCAAAACCUCCAUAAAGCUUCUCUCGCCUAGCAGGAAGGACGCUGAGGUGGGGAACGUUGUUGAUUGUGCAGCCACAAAGACCUUUGUGUCCCCCUCUGGGCCUUCAGUCCUCAAUCUGCCUGCUUCUCCAUCUGAACUGAGCAGUGGAAAGCGUGUGAGGAAGCUCAAGAAGAGGAAGGUGUUGAGGAAGGCUCAAGGGACAGAGCUGCCUGAGAGCAGCGACACCGAGAUAGAUGGAGAGCCCUCAAAGCCCAGGUGGCUCCGACCACGCAGGAGACCCAGUGGAGGCUCUCAGGUCAGCACCUCCACUCAGCCCUCAGAAGAUAGAGUGGGUGACAUGAACUUUGAGAGCACAGAGGAGGCGCUUAGGCCGGUGUGUCAGGCCAUCAAACUUGAGAAAGUGGACCACAGUUCCUCCAAACAUAUGGUGGAGCUUCCCCAGGUGGCCCCCGCUGAACUAACAGUGAAGUUAGAUUCAGAGGAAAGCAUGGAGGUCACCGCAGCCCGUCAGCAGCCCCACCUGGAUGCCCAGGUUCAAACUCCCGCUCGAGUCCAGGUCCCGGACUCCUCCAGACCUGAGCCACAAAGCCUGGCCUGCAACGAGGUCACGUCCACAAGUGACAUGGAUGUAUGUAAAUCCUCUGAGAGCGAUAUGCCGUUUCCCGUCACAUUGCCCAAGAUAACGAAGAUCUCAUCAGAUGCGUCCUCUGACCACGGUGAGGAUGAUAUGCCCACCGAGGGGUUGUUCGAGGGCCACCAGGAGGCAGUGAACGCCAUGCAGAUCCACAACGGGCUGCUGUACACGUGCUCAGGGGACCGGACUGUCAGAGCCUUCGACCUGGUGAGUCGUAAAUGCGUGGGUGUGUUUGAGGGCCACAGCUCCAAAGUGAGCUGUCUGUUGGUGUCUGCGGCUCCCUCCCUGCACCAUCGCCUUUAUUCUGGUUCCAGUGAUCAGACCAUCCGCUGCUACAGUCUCAAGACACAAGAGUUCGAGCAGCAGUUUUCUCUGUCGGACCGAGUCCUCUGCCUUCACAGCCGCUGGAGGACUUUGUACGCAGGCCUGGCCAACGGCACAGUGGUGACCUUUAACCUCAAGACAAACAAGCAGAUGGAUGUGUUCGAGUGCCACGGGCGGCGGGCCGUGAGCUGUCUGGCCUCAUCGCAGGAGGGAGCCCGGAGGAUCCUGCUGGUCGGCUCCUACGACAGCACCAUCAGUGUGAGAGACGCCAAGAAUGGACUCCUGCUGCGCACGCUGGAGGGACACACCAAGACUGUCCUCUGCAUGAAGGUGGUCAAUGACCUGGUGUUUAGCGGCUCCAGUGAUCAGUGUGUCUACGCACACAACAUCCACACAGGAGAGCUGGUGCGGGUCUAUAAAGGCCACAGUCAUGCUGUUACUGUGGUGGCCGUCUUGGGGAAGGUGAUGGUGACCGCCUGCCUGGACAAACUGGUCCGUGUCUACGAUCUACAGUCUCAUGACCAGCUGCAGGUCUAUGGUGGACACAAGGACAUGGUGAUGUGCAUGGCUGUCCACAAGAACAUGAUCUACACGGGCUGCUACGAUGGCAGCGUGCAGGCCGUCAAACUCAACCUGAUGCAGAACUACCGCUGCUGGUGGCACGGCUGUUCGCUGGUCUUUGGGCUGACGGAGCAUCUGCAGCAGCACCUGAUCAACAACCACACCAGUGCCAACUUGCAGAUGCUCAAGUGCCGAUGGAAAAACUGUGAAGAGUUUUUCUGUGCUCGCAACAGCUCCAAGCAGGGGAUGCUGGUGCACAUGCGGAAACAUGCUGAGGAGGAGAGUGAACUGGAGCCUUAAGGGCCUUUUGGUGGGAACAUUAUUUCCUCCUGAGCCCUCUUCUCUUUCCCUCUAUCUUUACCCCCCCCACCUCUGUUAACCUCCCAUAUUGGGGGGGAUGUUCUUGGGACCCACUUAAGUUAGCAGCGCUCCUGUCGAGCCUGAUGAGUGGCGUCUGACGACUCCAUCCUUUAUGUUCGGUGUUGGAAUCCAACCAUAAUACAAUCAUGAAAGGAGGGUUGGUUGUGCUGUUGUUCUAUUGUUUUUUCUACAUUCUACAAAACAUGCCUUCCUCUCUUUCUAUCUGACCACUGCAGUUCCUCUUUUCACUGACCAAAGUAAGACAAAGACACACGUGACUUGUUUAUUGAAGAAACUUCAGCGUUGCCGGUAUCAGAGGGAUCUGUUAUGCUUUCAUUUUUGAAACUGCAACAGAAGACAAUAAUCCUCCUUCCAGAUUGGAUGGCUACAAUAUGGCAUGGGUUAAGAGAUGUUUUUAUUGUUGUUGUGCAGUUGUGAUGUGUCAUGUUGAGCAACCUAUAGUUUUUUUUCUUUUCUUUUUUUUUGUUUUAUUAAGUAGCCAUUAUUCACUCAAACUGACCCUUUUUGAUUUGAAGUUUCCAGAAAUUUACGGCGUAGUCUCCCAGGUUAGCAGUUACACAGUGUGAGUCGUUGUUUUGAAGGAGUUUCAUUGACGUGGCAGAAUUUAUUUUCGGUUUGGUUUUUCUUUUAUUUUCCGAAGAAUCCGGUUUCUACCAGUCUUUUUCUUUUUGUCAGAGGUUUAUGAUUACAUUUAUUUAUUUAUCGUUGCUCGUUCGGGUGAUUUAAAGAUGUUGAGGGACUUUGGUGCAGUGUUGUGUUGCCAUUUUAGAAUUUGCAUUUGCAGUGAAAACAGAAUCAAGACAUGGGCAUGGUGGCGUGUGUGUUCCUACAUGUGUUUAUCUGUGUGGCCUUAUUCCUCGUAUUUGUCGACAAGAGUGGUUUAAGGAACCCUGUUUUCCAUGAGUGAGUGUGAAGUACUGAUUUUAUGACACAAUUUCCUCCUUGGGAAAUGUUGUUUGUUUGGAUUUUUUUUUUUUUUUUUUUGGAGCAUCGAGCAGAAGGCACCGGAGCUGUAUUUUCCACAGUGAAGUUUUUCUAAUGAAGUGAGGAGGUGAAGGACGUUUAGAGGAGGUGUUCGAUGGAAGAGCUUGAAGGGAAGAUUUAGGAUUCAUCUCCCAUGCCAUACCUCACCCCUUUGAAAACAGUCAAGUUGGUAACACAAAACCACUUUUUUAAAGGCUUAUUCAACCAGUUUUAAGUGUGUGAAAGCCCAGUCGAUGCUCUCUUUGGCAGACUCUGUGGUUACGGCGCUCCUGUUACCCUGACGUUCUCACAUCUUCCAAACUUCUCACCCACUUGUUAUUGAUGACUGAGGAAAGCAUGCAGUCCACCUCUUACCUGGCAUUCCUGAGUUUCUUCAAGUUUUUCAGUUCUUAUCAAAGUUGUGACAAGUGUUUUUUAUGAAAGUGCAAUCUAAGAAAUUGUUAAUAAUAAAAAAAUAAUAACAUUGCAAG